AUGUCAGCGGUCGGGAUGGCCAGCACAGAAUCCGAAAUCGAAAUGCACAGAGCGGCCUCUCGAGCCUCUUGUUCUCUUCCAGAAGAAGCGUAUGCAUAUACCGCCGCCAUAGGGCCUAAAUUACACACUUUUACAGAACAGAGACAUGAUGCGCCAAAGUCCAACUACCCACCACCAAAUGGCGGCCCUGUGGCCUGGCUGCAAGUCCUCGCGGGCCACCUUGUCGUGUUUAAUACCUGGGGCUAUGCCAACAGCUUCGGCAUCUUCCAGGCCUACUACGCCUCAUCGCUCUCCCUGCCUGCCUCCACCAUCUCUUGGGUUGGUAGUGUCCAGGUGUUCCUCAUCUUUUUUAUCGGCUCAGUCUCAGGGCGGGCAUUUGAUACCGGGUAUUACCGGCCAGUUUUGUGGAUCGGAUGUGCAAUGCAGAUAGUGGCCGUGUUCGUGACGAGUCUCUGCACAAAGUACUGGCAGGUGUUUCUAGCCCAGGGUGUGUGUCAGGGCCUGGGCAAUGGCCUCAUCUUCUGCCCAACAAUUGCGUCAGUGUCAACAUACUUCACCACAAUCUACUAUUUACUGUCAGUUCGUCCAUACGCCCUCGAUAACCUACAUGUAUCACAAGCAACAUCGUAUAGCAUUCUUCUUAUCUUCAACGCCGUUGGAAUCCCAGGUCGCAUCAUUCCAGCCCUGCUUGCAGAUCGCUACUUCGGUGCUAUUACGGUACUCAUUCCGGUCAUCUUCCUUGCUGGUUUAAGUGUCUACAUAUGGCACUCGGUGCAAUCCCUCGCAUCUGAUAUAGUCUGGAUUGUUUUUCUUGGAUUCUUUGGUGCCAGCAUUCAGGGUCUCUUUCCCUCGACUCUCGCUAGUCUGACACAAGAUUUGAGUAAAAGCGGCACCAGAAUUGGUAUGCAUCCCAUGCUUGACCGGACCUCCGUUGGCGGGCAGGUUGAUUCAGGUCGGGGACGGGACUAUAUUGGGGCACAGGUGUGGGGUGGCACAUGUUUGCUUCUAGGGUGUGGGAUUCUCUUUGCGGCGCGGGUAGCGAGUAUGGGGUGGCGGUGGAAGCCUGCUGAGCAAUAG